GUGGACACAGAGUUGACCCCUGGAGAAGAGCAAGUUUUCCCGUUCGCCUUGUUGUUAGGAUUUUGCGUAUUUAUCUAAAAAAUUAAACCUUUUUGUGACUGAGUUAGGGAAGUGUAGCGUUUUAUUGUUGUUCAGUGAAAUAUAAAAACUUCAAGCGAGCGAUGUGAGGACAUUACACCGCGUCAUGUCUCACAGCACAUAUAACAAACUCUGGACAGAGGCUCAUGAGGAACUCAGUGAUCUUCUGAGUGAGGAGCUUCCCUCCGAGCCCUCACGACCUGAGCGAGACCGCGUGGUGUUUUUCCAGCGCCUCACCACCAUGUACGUGCGCUACGUCCGAAUCUUCAGGCAGCUGGAGGAGGCGUACGAUCAGAUCGUCCACCCACAGAAGAGGAGGCUGAUCCGUGGCGUGCUGGACGGCGUGAUGGGGCGCGUGCUGGAGCUGAAGAACGAGAUGAUGGAGAAGGAGUACUCGGAGUACCAUUACAUGGACGACAUCAUCCAGGAUAUGAAACUGACCCCUGAGGAUCUUGAGAUUCCAAUCCCAAAGUACUUCAUCAACGAGCGUCGUAAAGCUCUGCAGGAGCGAGCCGCAGUUCUGUCCAGGAUCCUGGAGCAAAAUGAAAUGGUGGAGAAACCAAAACCCACCGCAACCUGCGUCCCGAGUCUGGAGGAAGCGGUCAGGAUCGUUCAGGUGUCGGAGAGGGCGCGGCAGGGUCGCCUGAGGACCAGCAUCAUGCGGGAGAUCCGGGAUACGGAGAGACAAAAGACUGAAGACAAGGAUCUGGGUGAAGCUACAGAGCAACAGGCUGCUGUUCAAAUCCAGAAGGUGUGGAAAGGUUACGUACAGAGGAAGAGGACGAAGCAGGAGCGUGAAGAGGAGAUGAUUUUUCUGGGCAUGUCCAUGAAGCCCGGUCUGACUCAGUCAUCCCCUGCCUGUGCCCUCGCUGAAGAGAAUAAAGCCGUGAGGAGGAACAGGCAGGAGGAGCAUGAGGAGGAUUAUUGGAAAGCUCAGAUGUCCAUCUUUGAGACCCUGCGAGAGACCGAGGGUCCUGAGAUGAAGGAACUGAUGAAGGAUCAGAUCAGACAGUGGUUCAUGGAGUGCCAUGAUGUAACAGGUUCCUUUCCUGAAUAUCCGAAUGAGGAGGAAGGCGGCUCGGCCACGAUUUUCGCUGAUAAAACACCUGAACAGCUGAUAGAGGAGCUGGAAGAUAAUGAAGAGGAAGAAGAAGUCAAAAAUACGAAAGAGAACAAAGAGCAGAAAGGCAAAGGGAAACAGGAGAACAGGAAAGGAGAAGAAGAGGAAAAGGAACCGGGGCUGACGUUGCUGCCAUCUGCUUUUCUGCCCGAGCUUCAGAACGCACACAAGACGUUUACAGAGGUCUGGCAAAACCGAGAUGAGUCCAAGAACUACAGUCAAAGAUAUGAAGCAGAGCUCAUUAAAGAGGAGAAGAGGAAAGAGAUCGAGGCGGAAAUAAGACCGCAGGUGGAUGAGCUGAUGAGGCAGGAGCUCGCGAACUGGAAGUUAGCCAUGGAAGGAAGUAAAGGAGGGAAAUCCAAGCCUGCAGGAAAGAAGAAGAAGGCUUCGAAGAGCGGGAAGAAGAAAAAGAAAGACAGAGACCUGACAGCUGAUCGGAGCGUGGAGUCGCUGUAUGAAGAGCUGGUGGUAGAGGGUCUGCUGAAACCGGUGGAUAACGUGAAACUACACGACUUCAUAGGAGACUACAGUUACCUCGGCACGACCCUGCGGCAGACCGACAUCGAGCCCAUGCCUUCAUUAUCUGAUGUGAGACAAGUUCUAUCUCUGUGUGCCGUCUUACCACUGGGUUCCCAGGUGAUCCAUGAGAAAGCUCCUCUUGUUAAGGCCAUGCUCCUGGUGGGGCCUUCAGGAGUGGGGAAGAAGAUGCUGGUCCAUGCUGUCUGUCAGGAGACUGGAGCUAACCUGUUUGACCUUUCCCCUUUGAACCUGGUGGGGAAGUAUCCAGGCAAGAGUGGGCUCCAGAUGAUGCUGCACAUGGUGUUUAAGGUUGCCAGAUUAAUGCAGCCAUCUGUGGUUUGGAUCGGAGAUGCUGAGAAAAUGUUUUAUAAGAAAAUACCAAAGGAGGAGAAAGAUUUAGAUCCAAAGCGGCUAAAAAAAGAUCUUCCCAAAAUCCUCAAAUCUAUCAGAGCUGAAGAUCGUGUCCUGAUCAUCGGGACGACGAACAAUCCUCUAAAUGCAGACCUGAAGUCUCUGUGUAAGAUUUACACCAAGAUCAUCCUCAUCCCCCGGCCGGACUACGCCUCACGAUUCGUCAUGUGGAAGGAACUGAUCCGGAGGAACAGCGGUGUUGUGACCAGCGCUCUGGACCUCAGCUCCCUGGCUAAGAUCUCAGACGGAUACACACAGGGUCACAUGUUGCGCGUGGUGAAGGGGAUCCUGACGGAGCGGCGUAUUCGACAGCUCGCUAAACGCCCACUGACUGCCGCCGAGUUUGUCACGCCUCUUGCUGAGAUCGACCCAGUGUUCCAGGACGAAGAGGAAGCCCUCAAAAGCUGGUACGCGAAGACUCCUCUGGGUAAGAAGAGAGCAAGAGCCGCUUUAGGGAUGGACGGAGAGGAAGACGUAGCAGCUAAAGAAGUCAAAGACGACAAGAAGAAAGGAAAGAAGUAACUCAAACUCCAACUAUGACUGUGUCACAAAAAAAUAAACGUUUUGCUUAUUCUUCAUGAUUUUAGAGCAUGUGGUCAGUUUUCUCUGGAGUGAAGUUUGUACAGAAACUCUGAGUAUAUAAUCGCUAUAAUUAACAUAAUUACUAGAAUUAUUAAAAAAUCCCUAUAGGAAGGGAACUCUAUCAAGCAAAUAUCCAAAGAAUGUUUUCUUUUAAUUGUGUUAUUUUUUAUUUAAAGCUACAAGAUGUGAGAUUUUGAAAUUGUGUAAUGGAUGUUUUGAGGAACCUGCAGAAGAACAUUUGAUAGUGUUGGCAUGACUGCGACCUUCUGAGUCCAGCAGAUUAAUGUACCACAUGUUCAAUAAGAAUCCAGGCUGUGUCUCAAACCGCAAUCAGUCUGAUAAAUUGGAGGUCUGAAUUGUGUCAAAACCACUGAUUUACUAAUGUACGACAUGAAAUAGUAGAGCUAAUAUCUGAUUUUGAGAUAUAUUGAAGUCUUAUGAGAAAAAAAUCUUAAAAAUAUUAAAGUGAAGGUCACAGCGAGAGAGUGCUGAAGGGUCAAGAGCAAAACUUUCUUUCUUUAAUAAGGUCUUUUGAGUGAGUUGAGUGUCUGAGGCUAAACUCUGAAAGCUGUCUCUCUCACAGGCUGUCUAAAGGCAAAGGUGUUUCUGUUAUGGGAUGUUUGGAGAUGGCAAAAUACACCGAUCAGCCAUAACAUUAUGAGCAGUGACUGGUGAAGUGAAUAAGACUGAUGAUCUCCUCAUCAUGGCACCUGUUAGUGGGUGGGAUAUAUUAGGCAGCAAGUGGACAUUUUGUCCUCAAAGUUGAUGUUAGAAGCAGGAAAA